UUGUGUUGUUUAAGAGUUCCCUUUAUUUUUUUGAGCAGUGUACAUCUUGUAUGCUGUGUUUGCUGUUAUUUUCCUUUUAACAAUUAUUAGAAAGAUUCUUAAUUUAUGAGUUGGCAUGGAUUAAGGACUGAAUAUAAUCCUUAAAAUGGUAAAAUGAAAAAUUCAUCACUUAUACUGCCUGCAUUUCUUUCUUAUUCUUCUUUAUAGUAAAUGUCAAAGAUAUCUAUAGGGUAGUUUUUUAGUGUCAGCUGUCAGUUUUAGACAAUCAUUUCUCAUGCAUGUAACAAAACAAUGAAAUUACAUUUUAGUCUAUCAAUCUCCUUUUAUAGAACAUUUCUGUAAGCUGUGAUGAUUUAAUUAAGUGAAACAAAACUGAAUAUAAUACAACUGAAUCACCAAAACGCUUAUAGAAAUUUUCUAUCUGAUUAUUUUGUUUUUUACAUCAGUUAUAUCAGAAAUUCAAAACGAUUCCUGCCUUAUUUGAAUACCAUGGCGUUUCUUAGGAGGGACUAAAACAAAUAGACCCUUAUAUAAUUUUUAUACUCAAAGAAUAAGAAAGCUGUGGGUUAUUAUUUUAAAUUUCCUUGGCACUAUUAUCAGUAAAAAGGGGUAAAUUAGAAAAUAAAUAGCUUAAUGUGUAUGUAUUUUUCGAGAAUGUUUAAGAAAACCAGAGCUUUUAAGGCUUUUUGGACAUUUUUACUGGGUUUCAGCAGAACAGGAUAUUUUCCCUCCAGACCAGCAGGUGGCGCUGACGCUGCAUCGCGUGUUUUCCUCACACAGUAAUGACUCCUCCUGGUGGCCAACGGUUCAGCUAACAGUUAUCUGGUUGUUGGAACUCCUCCGGCGCUCAGCUGAGUUCCGCCUCUGUGUCACCGACAGACGGACGCUUAAGUCCCGUCUUCCACUGUCUAUCCUCCGGGAUGUCGCUCCUGGAGAAGUCUCCGGCCCCCGGCAGGCUGCUGCUAGACGACACGUCGCCACUGACGGCGUUGAUCGAAGCCAGUCAGAACCUGCAGUCCCACACGGAGUACAUCAUCAGAGUCCAGAGGGGCGUGUCCUCAGACAACAGCUGGCAGGUGAUUCGCCGCUACAGUGACUUCGACAUCAUGAACAGCAGCUUGAUGGUGUGUGGAGUCAGUCUGCCGCUCCCUCCGAAGAAGCUGAUCGGAAACAUGGACAGAGAGUUCAUAGCAGAGAGGCAGAGGGGACUGCAGGCCUACCUGGACUCCAUUACCCAGCAUCCCCUGAUUUCCACUUCCCUGUUUGUCAAGAAGUUCCUCGACCCCAGCAACUACUCUGCCAACUACACAGAAAUUGCUCUGCAGCAGGUCUCCAUGUUCUUCAGGUCAGACCCAAAGUGGGAGGUCCUGGAGCCCCUCAAAGAUAUGGGGUGGAGAAUCAGGAAGAAAUAUUUUCUGAUCAAAAACAAGGAGCAGUCCAAAGAGCGCUUUCUACUGAGCUGGGUGGAUCUGGGUCCCGAUAAGUUCCUCUCUGACAAAGACCUGCAGUCGGCCAUGAAGCUGCUAACCAACCUGUCUACCCCGUAUUUGUGUCCGCUGCUGUUCUCCAGCACCAGCGAGUCUUCGGCUCUGCUCAUCCGACCUUUCAGUGAAAAAGGCUCUCUGAGGGACCAGAUCUGCAAGGUGAAACCCAGGGACAGUCACCUGAAGAAGUACUGCAACCCCAAGAAGAGCCAGGGCCUGGAGCUGGAGCAGAUCAAGCUGUACGGUCGUCAGAUCCUGGAGGGCCUGAGGCUUCUCCACGACAGCGGCCUGUUCUUCGGCCACCUGCACGCCUCAAACAUCAUCGUGGACGACGAUGUGUGUCGGGUGGUGGACAUCGAGAACAGCAUGCUGGGAGUUCCCUCCAUUCUGAGGCCGGCUUUCACGCAGCUGAGGAAGAUCAAUACCACAGAAAGCAUCGACGUGUUCUGCUUCGGACAUUUACUGUAUGAGAUGACGUACGGCCGGCCGCCAGACAGCGUCCCCGUCGAUCAGUUCCCGUCUGUCCCCUACGCCUCCGUGGUGUCGGUUCUGCAGUCCAUCCUGUCCACGGAGGCCUGUAAGACCGGGAUGCCAACGGUGUCGGCGCUCAUCCAGACACCGCUCUUCAGUGACGUCCAGCUCAAACACUCAGAAAAACUGCAGAUCAAGGUUCCCAGCAGGCUGAAGGACGCGCUGAAGGAGGCAAAGGGACGUUUGGAAAAGAGGCUCCAUGAAGAGCAGAGACUGAUCCAUCAGCACCGGCGGCUGACUCGAGCUCAGUCUCAUUACGGCUCCGAGGAGGAGAAGAAGAGGAGGAAGAUCCUGGCGAGAAAGAAGUGCAGACAGUCAACGUAUGAGAACGAAGAAGACGUCUCUGUCAGAAACAACAACAACUCUGGUUCAGGAGCCAGUUCACCUCCAACGUGUCCUUCCUCCCCUACUCCCCCUUCCACUACAGGAUCCCACACAACGCCGCCUCCUCCUCCUCCUCCUCCUCCUCCUUCUGCGCCGGAUUCUUCCUCCUGUUCUCCUCCUCUACCUCCGCCCUCCUCUGACGGAGCAGGAAGAGGUCGGGCCGCCCUGCUUAGCUCCAUCCAAACCUUUAGUAAAGGCAAGCUGAAGAAGGCCGACACCGUGGACCGCGGCACGCCCAAGUUCUGACCCAAACUGGCGCCACGGCGACCCCGCCGUCUCUGCACUGUGCUCGUUACGUCCCUGAGAUGUGAAAACAAAUCACUAACAGAAAAAUCCAAGUACUUUUUAUCUCUUUCUGCUUCUUUUGCCUUCUAACUCUUUUAACCUGUUGCUGUAAGAAGGGGACGGGUCAGAACCUGGCUCCCAUCUUUCCACUUGCUGGACAAUCUUCGGCACCAGAGGAGUUGUUUCCAGUUUCUGCAGAGUUGCCAGACGAUGUGCUGCUCCUGCAGGCGGUCCGCUCGCUUGUUUCUUUGCUUUUUGCAGUAAAAGUAGCUGCUGAACUUUUUGGGCAUCACAGAUUCUGCAGCAGUUCUGGAUUUUUGGAUUUUACUGAGUGAUGCAGUUGAAUUUCCUGGAUCCGGGACUCUUGUUUUGGAGUCUUCCCAGAACUUUUCAACACCUCGACACGUACGUGUUGCUGGGGCAGUUCCUCAGAGGCGGUACUGUAGGAAACCACUUUUAAUUUAAAUUUCAGUUUCAUUUCCAAAUAAUCUGAGCUGAAAUGAUUUAAAGAAGUUUGCCUUUUUAUCUUCUGAGACAGAAAAUGAGGAAUUAAAAGCUAAGAUUAACUUCUGCGUUGAUCUGCUUUGCAUUUCAUGAAACUGCAGACAUAUUUUCACUUAAAAAUAUUAGAAAUAUCUUUCAGACGAGGUUCCUACGGAGUCUGGAUGGAAGUCUGGGUUUUUCCCAGGUCUGAACAUGAAUGGAAAAAGAAAAUAAGAGUAAGGAAAGAGAUUCACACUUUCAGAUGAUAUUCCCUGUCCUUAAUUCUGCCCUUGUUCCCUUACUUACUUCCUUCCUUGCUUCCUCCUUCAGUCUGUGCAUUUUGUAGGUUUUGAAGGUUCCAUAUUUCUUAUUUGAUUCUUCAGUUAUAAAUCCUCGUUUUUGUGCACAUUAAGAAAAACUAUUAGCUUUUCCAUAAAAUCCAAAAAUGAUGACAAAGUACAAUCUAAAAAUAUUUAAUAAUAAGUUUAAGGGAUUAGGAAAUCUUUAUUUAGUAGCGAUUCAAAUAAACAUUUUAAAUCAAUAUGUGUUGAAUGUGCCCCAAACCUUUCCCCAGACAUGUGGAUGUUUUCCAGCUAAAGCUGGGCUAAAAUCAUGGAAACAAUCAAAGGUAGAAAAAUCCAAACUACAUGGAAGGAUGCAAGAAGUUCAGAAGUUCAUGCAGCUAAUUUCCUCUGACUCUGCUCAGAAAGCUGCUCCUUCCAUUGGGAAUAACAACCUUCCAGUUACUGAUGCCGUCUCACCUCAGGAUCAUACAAGCAGCUGAGCUCUGAUCGUCAUCUGGCUCUGAAACUAAUCUGAACCCUCAGCUGUGUCUGUCAGGCAUCAGUCUGCACGGCUGUAUUUACUGCUGCACUGUGGCUUCAUCUCUUGUUACAGAAGCAGCAGCUGGAUAGAUAUAUUUGAGACCACAGUGGGAGCAGAUCACAACCAGCUGAUUCAUCCCUGCUGCAGAGCAGGUUUUGAGGUGAUUUUCUGAAGACAUUUGCAGAUCAUUUUUAAUAGUUUUCAUUAGAGACUCUAAAUCUGCCAGUUUACAGUAUUUCAGAGUCAUUUGGAAACAUUAAAAGCAAAAAUAGUUCUGAAAACUGAACUUUGAAGUAUUUGAUCACUGAGCAGAGCUGCCGUGCGUCGAUGUGGAGGUGUUGUACCUGUAGUUUCCAGCCCAAACAUCUAACUGGUUUAUACAGGAGUUCGUUGUUCCUGCCCUUUUAAAGUUCAGCUUGUUUGAAUAAAUAACAGCUCACAGGAAAUGCUUUAGGUCAAUUGUUUCCAAUAGUUGCUUUAGGUUGAUUUCAGAGCUCAGAGGGAUUUUUUUCAUGCAGUUUUGGUAAAAUGUAUUAUAUUUUUGUUUUGGGUUUUUUUGUGCCAUAUGGAUUAUAUCAUGCCGAUGGAGAUCCUGAAUGUCUGUUGUUUUCUUGGGGUUUUUUUUUUUUAUUGCAUGUGACAGUUUGGUACAUAAAGAUAUAUAUUGAUCUCAUGUGGUGAGGACGGCCACACUUCAGCACACAGAUGAACCCGUUUUUACUGAUUAGUUUUUUAUGCAGAAUUCGCACAUAGACAAGAAACAAAUUGAUCUUUAAAAUUAAACAAACAUAUGUAGGGUUCUGUUAGAAAUGCAGCUAUGCUUAUAAUGUAUGUUCUGCCAGCUGAUCUGAAGUCCUCAGGAAACACCUUCCAGGAUUUUGGUCUUCUUGAUUGGAGGGCGAUGUCAGAUUUUCUGCUCAGUCGUAACUUUUGUUUUCCAAAAAGAGAAGAUGGAGAAUUAUAAAACUCCAUGAUCAAUGACAGCACUAGCUAUUUUAUUUAGUUUGUACAGUAAAAUAAAUUUUUUGGGGGGUGCAGGCUUGUUAUUUUUAUUUUUUCCAUCUCCCCAAAAAUAUUCAGACGUCCGAAAUUGAAGAACCUCUUAAAACCAUGCAGAGCAUCUUGUGCCAAAGUAACUGUUUUAUUUACAAGCUUCCUGCAGUUCUUCCUAUGCCGAUUCUCCAGCUGUUCACCAAAUUUCAUGAAAUUCAGCUGCAACCAUCAUAUACCUCCAUCUUUACUUUGGUGCACCUAAAUGCAACCUUCCAAGUUUAUUAAACAAGCUUUUGAUCAGAUCUGUGCAAAAUAAAUAUAAAUAUGAGACUGCAAAUACUUAAAGAAACACCUCAGUUUACAGAAACCCUAUUUGAUUAGUCAGGAUUUAUAGCUUUUAAAUUUGCCACUAUGGUGAAAUUACAUAAUCUUUAAAAAGAAAUGAGCAUUUUUCCAGAUUCCUGCUGAGGGCCACAAAGGCAUCAUUGGUUAAACUGAAGCUGACUUCACAUAAAAUCUGUGUGCUGAAGUAGCUGGAGAUACUACCUGGAGGAUCCUCUUGUUUGAAAUCAAGCCAAGUUCUUGCUAGAGACUUUAAAGGUUUAUUUUGGAUCAGUGCAAUCCAACCAGAGGAGAUGGUCCUCACAUCCUGAACAAUCUUUAAAUUAUCUCAGAAUGUCUGUGUAGCACUUUACAUGUGUGGAGGACCCGUCCAGAUGAGUGUUUAAUUUGCAGAACACAUUAUUUACCGAAGCCGGGUUAAACUGAAUGGUCUGAAAAGCACUCGCUCUCUACUGGGUUUGCUGCAAAAUGAAACAAACUGGUCUUCUGUACGGUAAAACAUGACAUCUGCAUCAAGUGAAUAAUAAUUUGCCUAAAAAAGCUUCAGGGAAGCAAUGAGUCGUGUAUUGCACAUGCUUGUGACAAAUGUAUCUGAUUGCACCACUUAAUGAGGUGAAUUUAAAAUGCUUAAAUAAAAACAGAUUUAUUUACAAUA